CCCUACCUGUCCGCGAGGCUCGGCCGUCGGUCCGGCGGAGCUGCAGGUCGGCGGCCCCCAGUCAGCGGGCCCGCGGGGUGGGGACCGCGCACCAGCUCCACUUCAUCAUGUUCGGCGUCUCAUUCCGGGACCCGUCCCUGCUCCUUGCCGUCGCCGUCAUUGGGCUCACGGUGCUUCUGUUGGCCCUGAAGAACAUGAACUCAAGGAGGAGACAACUUACCAUCACCUUACAGAACCCUGAAACCAAGUAUCCGCUGCCCCUGAUUGAGAAAGAGCAAAUCACCCACAACACCAGGAGGUUCCGCUUUGCACUGCCGUCAACAGAACAUGUUUUGGGGCUUCCUGUAGGUAACUAUGUCCAUCUCUUGGCCAACAUUGAUGGUGUCCUGGUGAUCAGAGCAUACACACCUGUGUCCAGUGAUGAUGACCAAGGCUUUGUGGACUUCAUUAUAAAGAUCUACUUCAAAAAUGUGCACCCGAAUUAUCCAGAGGGAGGGAAGAUGUCUCAAUACUUGGACAACAUGAAAAUUGGGGACACCAUUCUUUUUCGAGGGCCAACUGGGCGCCUGUUCUAUCAUGGGCCAGGGAGGUUUUCAGUCAAAGCAUACAAAACGAGUAAGCCUGAAGAAAAACGAGCCAGUCACCUGGGAAUGAUCGCUGGGGGCACAGGGAUCACGCCCAUGCUGCAGCUCAUCCGCCACAUCACCAAGAACCCGCGUGACAAGACCAGGAUAUCCCUCAUCUUUGCCAACCAGACAGAGGACGACAUCCUGAUGAGAAGGGAGCUCGAAGAAGUUGCCACAACUCACCCGGAGCAGUUCACCCUGUGGUACACCCUGGACAGGCCUCCUCUUGGCUGGACAUACAGCUCGGGCUUCGUCACCGCCGACAUGAUCCAGGAGCACCUCCCUGCUCCCGGCAAGUCCACGUUCAUCCUGGUGUGCGGCCCACCACCCCUGAUCCAGACAGCCGCUCACCCGAACCUGGAGAAACUGGGCUAUUCCAAGGACAUGAUCUUCACCUACUAACACUCCCUUGCUCUUAGCAAAUGUCCCUGGUCCCUUCCAUCUGGCUCACAGUGAGUUCAGCAUCACCUUGUUCAGAAGUGCCUCAGGGCACCCUCGGGCUCACUGGAGCCCCUCUCUUUGGGGUGGGCCUAGGAAGGGAGUAAGGGGCUGGAGACAAAGUGGCCUCGGGAGCCUCCUUGCCUGGGGAGGCUCGGAGGGACUUCAUCCUAGGACCUUUCCCCUUGGCUCAGUGAAAUAAACGUCAGUACAAAGCA